AUGAAGAAGAAAACUAGGAGGCGCCUAAAGGAGCCAACGUGGCUGAACCGGCAGCCGCCUCCUAUUCAAGGAGACUCCAGCCCCGGAGAAUGCAAAGCUUCAUCUCAGAAACAGAGGAAAGGAAAGGAAAAGUCGGCACCCUGCAAGCUCUCGUCUCUUGAGAAGCCCGGCCAAAGUUACCCACACCGCUUCAGCGAGCGCUCCUCAAGAGACGAGAGCUUGCAGGGGGCCGAUCUGGUAUUCGCAAUGGAGAACAAAAUCCGGCUGCUCCCCGCACCGGUUCCCGUUUACUGCUCUGAGUCCCAAGCAACAGGAGACAAGGGCUGCUUUGCGCCACCGGCUGGCGCAAAUAUACCAAGGCGGAUUACUCUUGCCGCACAAGUUCAGGACUGGGAACACAGCCAUAUCUGGACCCCUGAGAGAGCGGGUGCCAUGGAUACCUCUGGCUGCGACUAUCAGCCUGCCGCGAGUCCUGGAAGGCGAGAAAAAGAGAGCGAGAGAGAGACGGGCAGCCCCGGCGGAGGCCCCGGCAGCGCCUCGGGGGGAGGACGGGCGUCUCCUCACCUCCCGCCAGCAGCGGCAGCAGCAGCACCGGCAGCGGCCAGGAGAGCCGGAGCGGCCGCCGCCUCUUCCCUGCGGGGCCCCAGGCCGCCAUCUUCGCGCCUCCGGAAGCGGCGGGGCGUUCUCUUCCGAAGCCGCUCCCUGCGAUUGGCCGACGGUGGGCGGAGCCGUUGGCUCGACCCGGAAGCGAAAGGCUCGGCGAUGGGCCGGGGGCGGCGGCGGCGGCGGCGGCCGGGCGGGGAGCGAUGCCUGGAGACCUUCUCGGCGGCGCUGGGCGGCUCCUUGGAGGAUGGCGGCGGCGAAGGCGAAGAGGCGAGGGCCGCGGCCGGAACGCAGCGCCGCCUGUGCCCGCUUGCCAUGUGGGACCUGGGCCAGUGCGACCCGCGGCGGUGUACCGGGCGGCGGCUGGCGCGGAAGGGGCUGGUGCGGACGCUCCGCCUGGGGCAGCGCUUCGGGGGCCUGGUGCUCAGCCCCGCCGCCGCCCGCUUCCUCUCGCCCGCCGACAGGGAGGUUGUGACCCAAAAUGGAGUUGCGGUGAUUGACUGUUCUUGGGCAAAGCUGGACAAAACACCAUUUAGCAAGAUGAAGGGAAGUCAUCUCCGGCUGUUACCCUACUUGAUAGCUGCAAAUCCAGUGAAUUAUGGACGGCCAUACAAACUUACUUGUGUGGAAGCUUUCGCAGCUACCCUCUGCAUUGUAGGACUCUCUGAUCUAGCCACAGUUCUUUUGCAAAAAUUUAAAUGGGGAAAAGUGUUUCUUGAUCUGAACAAAGAUCUCCUGGAAAAAUAUGCAGCAUGUAGCUGUGAAGAGGAAGUGUUAAGGGUUGAGAAUGAAUUUCUGAACCAUGCCCAAGAAAAAGAUGAAACAGAUCCUUUUGAUGUUGAUUCCGGAAAGGAAUUUUUUAUACUCAACGGGCCUUGCAGAACCACAGAAGCAACUGCUGCAGAUGAGAGCUCCUCUGAGGAGACCCCUGAGGAGAGUGACAGCAGCAGCAGCAGCAGCAGCAAUAAUGAGGAUCUGAACACAGCCUGUUCUGGAGCCAGUAAGUCAACCGCCUGGAGGCAAAAGAGCAUUCUCAAAGAGAAGAAGUUUCACUGAAUCUGGUAACAAGGUUUUGCUCAGAGUUAGGAUACAAAUUGGACAAUGUUCUUCCAGCCUGAAAUACUUCAUUCAGCCUGUGGAUCUUGGCCAUCAACUGAGCUGUGUGAUGAACUUCGUUAAUACACUGCUUGUCAAAUAGAUUUUACUAAUGCAACAUCCAUAUCCUGGUCUUAUUUUUUACUUAGCAUCUCAGUUUAUUAUUAUUCCAAAAAUUGUUUUGAGAUGAUGGAGGAAAAACCAGAAGCAACUUCCUCAUAUCUGACAUCACUACUUUUUGGUUGUUUGCUAUUUCAGUUCUUAAUAUGUUGUGGAUGGAUAGUUGAUAAUAAAUGCUCUAAACCAAAAA